AUCUAGAUGUUUUGGUGAUAAUAUUCAAAUGAAGCAUAGAAUGUAUACAAGGUGAAGAAUAGCGAAGGACGAGUGAACAAGCGACAAACAAAUGUUGAAGUACGCCAAUAAUUCAUUGAACAUAAUCAUCUUAUUAAUUGGUUUUCAUUUGUUUUCGGAAAUAUAUUCAGAUGAUAUCAGUGGCGAUAUUACUUUUAAUCCGAAUACCGACUAUUUCAAAUUGGAUACCGACAACUUCGAUACAAAUUCCAAUUCCAUAAGGUGUUCAUAUUCCUCAUCAACAUCAUCAAUAAGUUGGUGGAAAGAUAAUGUCGAAGUUAGCAAAAGUCAGUCCUGUUCUGUUUAUCAAACCAACGGGGGAAUAUAUUUUCCUAAGCAUGUAGCAUUGACAGAUUCCGGUGAAUAUUCAUGUAAAGUCAAUACAUCUUCAAACUAUGGAGAGAGAGAUUUACUAGUAUGCGUAAUAGCUUCAUCAAGUACACCCAGUACAUCAACGGUACCGGAGUGUAAUCCAACAUCUUCUCCGGUAACAGAACACACCAGCGCAACCAACGAUCUGGGCAAAACAACGCAGACAAUACCAUCAACUAUGGGAAAUUCACCCAACAAUGCCGGUCCCAUAGCCGGCGCUGUCGUCGGGGUGUUUGUCUUGAUUGCUAUCAUCGGAGUUAUCUUUUAUUUUUUCUAUAAAAGGCAAAAAACAAACAAACCGACUGACAAGGGAAAUGUCGAAAAAGCACCUGUACCGAAUGGAACUUUCAAUGGAACAUAUGAAGAAGUUGUUCUUGAUAAUCGAAAGCCCGUUAUUUUGCCUAACAACGAAUAUGCAUCAAUUGAUGGUGAUGGUUACGUGCUUGCUGGAGACGUUGCUGGAUUUCCUGUUGACAAUGAACAGUCAAAAGGCGAAGAUAUGUUUUAUGCAGAAUUGGACAAAAAUAAAAUACCUGAUGAAUCAAACUACCAACAGCUAAAUUUACAACCAGUUCACAAUCAAGCUGAUGAAGCGGAUGAACCAUCAUCACCAGGGGACAAGGAAGCAUCCUACGCAGUAUUGAAUCAAAAUAGUAACGUCGACGAUACAGAGUAUCAACAGUUGAAUCUACAAUCCGUUCAUACCCAAGCUGAGCCAGAAAAUCCGGAUGACGAAGUACUUUAUAACAGACUUUAUAAACCCGAUGUUCAACCUACUGAAGUUCAAGCGGAAUCUAAGCCAGUCGAUUUAUAUACCAUGGUAAACAAAUCAAAGAAAAGUGGAGACAAUAAUAGUUUCGUUGAGAAUGACGAGUGAAAACCUACUGUUUAUGCCUAGAUGAAGAAAACUGUAAAUCUCACAUGAAUUUCUACAUUAUUUUGAAGAUUAAAUACUAUAUAUUAUACAGAACUGUUUAUUAUUUUUUUAUAUUAUCGUUUGAUAUUUUCAACAUUUCAAGAACAUUGCUAUGAAUCAUACUAGUAAGAUACAAUGUUUGAACUUGAUUGAUUGUAUAUUAUGCCACAAUAUAACUUCGCCUUCCACCUAAUAUACCUUUUAGCUUACUAUGAUGUCAUUAUUCGAAUAAAUAAAUGAAAACACGUAUGGUUACGGUGGAGGAA